AUGCCUUACGUCUCGGAGCGGUGGUCAUUCGAUGAUGUCCUCAAACUGACCAAAAUCAGCCCAGCCCACUGGCGAGCAACCUUCAGCGCUCCCCCCUUGAACCUCUUCACGCCGCGAACCUAUGCCGCGUUGCGCGCACUCAUCGAGGCGCUUGAACAUGAUCGAGCCGUCAAAGUCAUCGUCUUUGACAGUGCCGCCGAAGAGUACUUCAUCGCCCACUGGGACUUGCUGGCAACCGAAGGCGAGGACGCCGAUGAAGAGACUUCACCCAUAUUCGAUUGGGGCAACUUCGUGCUUCGCCUCGCGCGCGUCCCUGUCGUCAGCAUCGCGGAAAUACGUGGCCGUGUUCGUGGCCAUGGAAGCGAAGUCACCCUCGCCUGCGACAUGCGCUUCGGCAGCAUUGAAAAGGCAAUCUUCUCACAGCCGGAAGCCGGCGCGGGAAUCCAUUGCGGCGGAGGAACGCUCGACUGGCUUCCUCGUUUGGUCAACCGCUCGCGCGCAUUGGAGAUUGUCCUCGGCGGCGACGACUUUGAUGCCGUGACCGCUGCUCAGUACGGAUACAUUAACCGCGCCAUCAAGGAUGCAGACUUGGCGGCUUUUGUGGAUAGUUUCGCGAGGAGGAUUGCGGGCUUUGACCGGCAGGCUUUGCUGGAGACGAAGCGCGCGGUGAAUGAUCGCGCGGGUUUGCCGCGUCUGACGGAUCUUUUUUCGUCGGUGUAG